UUUUUAACUUACUAAUUACAAAGCCACUAGUUUUAACUAUUAGAUGUUAUAUCAUGAUUCAAAAUUAAAUUUAAUCUAUUCUCUGCUUUUAGUUUUUAGAACUCAGUACUUAUAAAAUGUAUCGGAUAAUGAUCAAUCUAAAUUUCUAAUUCAAAAUACUCAUGAUUUAGUUUAAAUAAAGAAUAAUUUGAAAUAUUUUAGUUUAAAAUAUGUGUACCAUUUAAAAUGGCCAACUCACAAUUAGAAUCGUUUUAAAUUAAACAUAUAUGUUAAUUUAUAAAAACAUUAAGAUGAAAUUAUUUUAUAUUAUUACUGUUAUUAUGGGGAUAACAUCUUCCGAUUCAGAUUGUGGAUGUAAUACAAAUCGCAAUACAGCAAACACUGAAGAAGAAAAUGUUUGCAUAACAUCAGCAAAAGGUCAGAUAAAAACAGAAUCAGAAUUAGAAUCUAUGGUUUUAAUUAAAGGACAGAAUUUUACAAUUGGUACUGACAAACCAGAAAUUGUAGCUGAUGGAGAAUCGCCAUCCCGUACUGUGUACUUAGAUGAUUAUUUUAUUGAUAAAUAUGAAGUAAGUAAUUUAGAAUUUAAAAAGUUUGUUGAUGCAAGUGGAUACCAAACUGAAGCAGAGGUAUUUGGAGAUUCUUUUGUAUUUCAAUUAUUUCUCAGUAAAACUACAUUAAAAUCUAUAACACAAGCUGUCAAAGAUGCUCCAUGGUGGGUACCUGUUAAAGGUGCUAAUUGGAAACAUCCUGAAGGAAAAGAUUCUGAUAUAAGUGACAGAGAAUUACAUCCUGUUGUACAUGUUAGUUGGAAUGAUGCUAAAACAUUUUGCAACUGGGCUGGAAAAAGGUUACCAUCUGAAGCUGAAUGGGAAGUUGCUUGUAGAGGAAAUCUAAAAGAUAAACUCUAUCCUUGGGGAAAUAAGCUUCUUCCAAGUAAAAAGCAUAGAACUAAUAUUUGGCAGGGGGAAUUUCCAUUCAAAAACACUGCUGAAGAUGGUUGGGCAACUACAGCCCCAGUAAAUAUAUUUCCAAAAAACGGUUAUGGUCUCUAUAACAUGGUAGGGAAUGUAUGGGAAUGGACAAAUGAUAUUUGGAGUGUGCAUCAUGAUCAAAGAUUUACAGUAAAUCCAAAUGGUCCUUCAAAUGGAAAAGAAAGGGUUAAAAAGGGUGGGUCUUACUUGUGUCACAAACAGUAUUGUUAUCGUUAUCGAUGUGCCGCAAGAAGUCAAAAUACACCAGAUAGUUCUGCAUCAAAUCUUGGAUUUAGAUGUGCAAAAGAUAAAUAAUACUUUGAAAAUUGAUAUUACAAAGAAUGUGUUUAUUUUUAAAGUAUGAAAACUAAUGUUUAUUUAUUGUAUAUACAUUACAGUACCAUCAAGUAUUAUC